AUGUGUCAAGGCUCACAAACAAGUCUUGAUUCCAAAAUCAAGGGCACAGACACACUGCUGCAGCUUACAUUGACUGCACCAAGAUCCACAGAAAGAGAAUCUAUCUUCCCUGAGAAGAAUAUUCCCACAAGCCUUGGUCUGAGUAGCUGGAGUUUCCCCCACACACUCUCCAACUCAUCAUCUCAGCCUAGACUCUGCAAGUCAUUUUCAUCACCAAGGCUCAACGACAGGAGCUUAGAGUUGUGCACCGAAAAUUUGGGCAGCGAAACAGGUAGUGACACAAGUGAGAGCAGCAUUUUUGAAUCAAGAACUGAGAGACCAGCCAGGGAACAUCAACGGAACAUUAAGCAAAUUUCAUCAGGAAAGAAGAGGAACCCGCGUUGUUUUCCACCUCCCUUGACAAGUACAAGAAGCUCGAGUUCAUAUCAAGUUAGACCUCAUAGAGAAAAUGGAAGGCUGAUCAUCAAAGUUGUGGAAUCACCGUCUACUGGCACUUGCUUUGAAGCUCACCGAGAUCAUGGCCGGUUACAGCUAACAUUUUCAAAGCAUGGCAUGCAGAAACUUGGCUCAGAAAAGCAAGAAGAUGGUAUUGCUGAAAGUGAUGGCGAGGUUCGUAUGGGACUGGAGAAAAAUUGA